CAUCUGCCAAGUAACACAAACUUCUUUUCCUUUGGAAUCGCUCUGUUGCUUACGUUCCCGGUUCGGAUCCAGUGGGUAAUCUGAGCUGGGUGAAGUGGAUUUCUUCAAAAACCUGCGAGGGAAGUUUCACCGGUUCGAGCUCGAUCGACGAAGCAAAGCUCAAUCGAAGAAGGAAUACGAUCUGAAACAAACGGGAGAUGGACUACAGCUCUGAAGAAGAAUCAGAUAUUAGUGAUUCUGAGUUAUUGGACCACAUAGACAGACCUUAUGAUGAAUUGAGGUCUGGAAAACUCAAAGUAAAAGGCCCAAAUGGAAGCUUAAGAUGCCCUUUCUGUACUGGCAAGAAAAAGCAGGACUACAGGUAUAAAGAAUUGUAUCAACAUGCUGCAGGGGUGGGUAAAGGUUCUGCGAAUAGAAGUGGCAAACAAAAGGCAAACCACCUUGCCUUGGCAAAAUACCUGGAGACAGACCUAGCCAGUGAGGCAGACCAAGCUCCUCAACCAGUUGUGUCGCAACCCGCUGCACAAACGCCUCAGCAAGAUGAGGUUUUUGUCUGGCCUUGGACCGGAGUCAUAGCCAACAUUCUCGUUGACAAAAGCAGUGAGAAAGCACUCGAAGAUAGUGCGUAUUGGCUGACCAAGUUUGGCAAGUACAAGCCUCUGGAAGUCCACAUGUUUCGGAACGUAGAUGGUCGGUCAGCAAAAGCUGUAGUGAGAUUCAAUGAUGAUUGGCAUGGAUUUGUUAAUGCGACCGAGUUUGAGAAAGAAUUUGAAACUAGGAAUCACGGUAGAAAGGGCUGGAAUGCGCAGAAGACAGAGCCCGGAUCAAGUACAUAUGGCUGGUGUGCGCGGUCAGAUGACUAUGAUGCGGAUGGGCCAAUGGGAGAUUACCUUCGCAAGACAGGGAGGCUGCGGACAAUCUCGGACAUUAAUCAGGAAGCAGCUCAAAGUAAACAUAGAAUUGUCGAGCAUCUUUCUAACAAGAUUGAUUUGACGAAUGAAACUCUGGAGCAAUUACAGUCCAAGUAUAAUGAGAAGACUUUGUCACUGAGUAGGAUGCUUGAAGAAAAAGACAAGCUUCACUCUGCUUUUGUGGAAGAAACAAGGAGGAUGCAACGCCUUCAACGUGACAAAAUACAAGGGAUAUUGUUAGAACAAGAGAAACUUAGCAAUGAGUUGGAAAAGAAGAAAAGAAAGAUUGAUUCUUGGAGCAAAGAAUUGAACAAACGUGAAACCCUUACUGAGCGUGAGCGACAAAAACUGGAUGAGGACAAGAAAAAGAAUGCUGUCAAAAGCAGUUCUCUCCAGUUGGCAUCAAUGGAGCAGAAAAGAGCUGAUGAAAAUGUCCUCAGGCUGGUGGAAGAACAAAAGAGGGAGAAAGAGGAGGCCCUAAGUAAGAUCCUUGAAUUGGAAAGGCAGCUUGAUGCGAAGCAGAAAUUGGAAAUGGAAAUUGAAGAGUUGAAGGGGAAAGUAGAAGUUAUGAAGCACCUUGAAGAUCAAGAUGACGAAGCUGUUCAAAAGAAGAUGAAGGAGAUGAUGGAUGAACUGAACGACAAGGAGGAGGAGUUGACCGACUUGGAGGAACUAAAUAGCACCCUCAUUAGUAAAGAGCGCCAGAGCAAUGAUGAACUGCAAGAAGCUCGAAAGCUAUUGAUUGAGGGUCUGCCUGAUCGGCUGGGUGCAUGCACAGAUAUUGGGAUCAAGAGAAUGGGGGAGCUUGAUGAUAAGCCCUUUUUUACUGCUUGCAAGAAAAGAUUUUCAGAUGAGGAAGCACAAAUGCAGGCCAGUACAUUAGCCUCUCUGUGGCAGUCUCAGGUGAAUUCGCAGUGGUAUCCAUUCAAGACCAUUGAGAUUGAUGGGAAAACCCAGUUGAUGCUUGUUGAAGAAGACGAAAAGCUAAAAAAGCUUAAGGAGGAGUGGGGUGAUGAGGUCUCUGCAGCAGUUGUCACAGCUUUGAAAGAGGUGAACGAAUAUAAUCCAAGUGGAAGGUAUGUCGUAUCCGAGCUCUGGAAUUUCAAAGAAGGAAGAAAAGCCACUUUGAAAGAGGUCGUUGCUUUUAUUGCAAACAAAAAGACACCCAAGCGCAGGAGAACAUGAGUCUGAGGGAGGAAUCUGUAUGAAGGAGGUCUGCCGGAGUAGAUGUUCAGAACUUUUCUUGUAGUGCUGCUGUCGAUGAUAGUGAUACUCUGGCUUAGUUUUAUCCUUCACUAGACAAUAGAGUCCUUUGAACUUAAAUUAGCUGAUCAAACUUUAGGAUGUUCAUCUGUGUAUCGGAGCAUGGUUCCUCUUAAACCCUGGAAAAUUCCUAGAAUUCGCUUUCUUGCCUGCGAUGGGUAGCAAAUGGCGGGUGGGGAUUUGUGUUUA